GUCUCUCCAUCCAGUCAAAGUGAUUGCUCAGCUGUGUGAUCCGCGUUGGAAUGGCUGUAACAUGGCGGAAACUCGAGGUCUAAGCAUCCCAAGUCUGUUCCUCCGACACGCGAGCAAGAGCCUUUCUUUCAGGGGCUGUUCGUUGGAGAACAUGGCGGGAUAGUUUCCAAGUAUUUCAUUUUCCUUUUGCAUUCCGACGCCGGGUUGUAACUAUGAAAGCUGUUUUACGUUUGUCCAGCACUGGUCUGAGAACUCACUCAAAAUGAGCAGCAACGCAACAGAAUUCCAGAAGUCUUCCCCCUCCCUGCCACUGCCUCCGGAUCAUGUGUUGAACUCGGGAGCAGUCACAUUCCCCGGUGCAUUUGACCUUCAAGGAUGUCCGCUGGUGGUGUUCCCUGUCGAGGAACACAACAAACUCUCAUCUCUGACCCAGGAGGAAGUUGUUGAAUUCAUCAGUUAUUUUUUGAGGUUGCAGAACAAACACCAGGAGAAGGAGUCCAUGGUUUCGGUGGUAGUUGAUUUGCGGCAAGCCACCCUAACUACCACAAGAUUCAUUGCAGAAACCCUCCUCCUGCUUGAGGUGCAUAAGAGGACCGUUCACACUUUGUAUGUGGUCCAGCCUAAAAAGAGAGAUGUCCUGAAGUUGUUACUUAAAUUACUGGUGCCAAGCCACUCAAAGCAUUACGUUUCUACAUCCUUUAAGCGUAUUUUCCUGAAAGAAAUUUUUGAGCUGUCCAACUACAUUGACCGAAGCCAGUUGACUGCUGCUUUGGGAGGCUACCUAAUUUACUGUCACCACAGCUGGGUGAUGUUCAUCAAGGAGAUUGAUGCCUUUGUCCAGGACUUCCUUUCCGUUGUGCACAGGCUGCCCUCCUGUAUUGCCACCCUGCAGACAUUAUCCAAGCAGCCUGUCCCUAGCGACUUUGAGGAGCUGAAAGAGUUCUGUUCUGUAAAUGAGGCCAGGUUCCUGCAGCUGAGAAGGGAGCUGGGCCUGGAUGACCUCCUGAGGCAUUGUGAACAUGUGGUUGAGAAGCUGCGCUACCCAGAGAAUGAGCCCUGCUACCAGGCUAUGGCUGGCACAGCCCUCUUCGCGCACACAGCCUAUGACAUGCUGCAGAACUACAGCCGGAUAACUGUUGCUGUAGAGAAAGUGGAGUUGCUGUGGCAACAGGCCUUCUCCAGGGCUCACCUCCAGCUGAAGGUCCUCCAGCUCAAGAAGGAAGCGCAGCAGAUUACUGAACAUAUCAACAAUACAGGAAAGGAGAAACUCCAGCCUUACAGGAUAGAGAUUGCUAAAGAUGCCAGGAGAGCUGAAAGUCUGAAACUGAAGUUUGAAAAGUCAAUUUACACACCAGCAAUGGCCCUUGUUCGCCGUGCGGAGGACGUGAUCCACACCUUUGAGGAGACCGUCUUGCCUGGGGACACCCAGGUCAGGGAAGAGUGGGUGGACGAUUUGGAGCGUCUAAAGGAAAAUUUCCGCUCGUCUGUCGAGCUCCCGCACCAGACCCUCAGAGCAGUCUCAGACUUCUACUAUUACUACAACAAUUCUAAAAGCUGGUACAACAUGGUGCUGUGUGAAAACUUCCUCCAAGAUCUUCUGUGGAGUAGAACCAGUGAUGGCCUCUCCAAACAGCCCUUCUCCCAGGAUGUGAAGGCCAUAGUCAUUCCUGUGUGGAAGCAGGCACUUUAUGAAUUCCUGAAGAGGUGUCCCUCUCCUGAAAUGGAGGAUCUGGUCCAGCUUGCCCACCUUGCCAAUAUCAUCCCAGACAGCCAGCUACGAAAGUCAGGAAAGCAGCUGUCUCACCGGUGCAUGAUCCUGAGAAAGUUGCUGACCUCGCCUGGGGCUGUACCUCUUAAUGACCUCCAACUGGCCCUGCAGUGGCAGUAUGAGUUUCUGAAGGGAAAUCAGCGGGAUGUGGUGUGUCCCGAUCCACUGGGGCCAGGAGGGCCUGACAAGAAGCAGAAAUGUACGGAAAGCGCAAGUGGUCUUCCCAGAGAUGACCAGUGCUCUGGGUAUAUGUCUGAUAGACAUAGCAGGCAAAGCCCUGGGACUCUCAGCAACCUGACCAAGUGGGACUCUGGCAAGGAGACUGUACCUAGUCCGGUUCAGGGGCCUGCACCACUAUCCGGAAAGCCACCAUCACUGAGCUCCUUUGACUCUGGGUUUGACGGUGCAGGAAGCAGCCAUUUAGAUGCUGGAGCUGGAAGGGAAGGCUGGGAGGGAUUUUCCAGGCUACACGGCACCCGAGAGACAUUCAGACCUAUAGUCAGGCAGCCUCAGAUUCAUGAGGAGAACAUCUCCAGUGUGUCUGACUCUGAGGACUGCAGGGAGGAGUUUGAGUUCAGUGCUGUGGGGGGUGGGAGCAGCUCAAAAGCAAGCAUCCAGAUUGUCCCAAAGAUGACCAUGGGCUCACUCAAUUUUGAAAUAAAGGUGAAGCGUUGUGCUACAUUGCCUAAAAACCCAUGGCUCAGCUUGCCUGUAGAGGACCUGGAGAACUCUUACACAGUCACCAUAUCACCAAACCCACAGUCUCCACAAGAUUCUGUUAGAAGUCCAGACCCAUCAGAGAGGGGAUCUGGGCCCCCAUCACGGGACCAGCCCACACAGACAGAUGUGCAACAUGGUACCCAGGGGUAUUCAGAAGGGGAGGAGUUGACACAUGUUGGGAAGAUGGAGAUUGGGGCAGGGGAAAGGGCUGGCAUUCUACAGGCACAGGAUAGCUUUGAGGAAUCGGACCUAAGCCCCAUACGCAAUGUCCUGUCCAGCACCAUAUCCGAUGCCCGGGACAAACAGGAAACCACAGUGGACAGUCUCCCCACUCUUCUCUGGGACACGUAUGAUUUCCAUAACAACAAACAAGAAGCAUCUGAAAGGUUGACUGAAAGGUCUCUUUCUGACUGGGACCUAAAAGAGCAGGCGGGUCUUCGAGAGGUUGAGGAAAUCCUUGACCGUGCAGCAGGAAUACUCCAGGAAGAGGAGAAUGCACUUGCACAGGAAGAAAUGUUAGAAGUUCUGAUGAAGGUGGAGAACGGCAGCAAACACUGGGGGUCGUGGGGCAGUGAGGAGCAGCUCAGUAUGGUGACAAUGUCCUGUAGUGAUUUACUGGAAGCAGGAAUUGUUGGCCUUGUGGACAGCCCUCCUACAACUAGUAUUGAUCAGGGCACUGAAUAUACCUCAACUGAGCCAGAGAUCAGUACCUCUGAUUUUAUCACUGCAAAUGACAGCAGUGUAGUUUUGGAGUCAGGAAUAUUGACCAGGGGAAGCAGUAGAUGCAAUGUACUUGAAGAGCUGAAAGGACUCCAUGUUCUAGAAGAGAAAAUAAUGGAAGAGAACUUGAAGAUCCGUGAGUUUAGACGAUGUGAGGAAGAGGAGCGACUUGCUGAACAGCAGUCUGAGCAAACCUGUACAAAAAUCACAAGUAAGGAGAGGCAGAUGUUUCUGAAGGAGCUUGAGAAGGAGAAAAGAGAGGUGGAGAAGAUGGAGAAGAGUCUAGAUACAGAGAGUGUGAAGGGAAGUAAAUUGAACAGGCUAAGCAGAGGUCGUAAAGUGGUGAAAUGUUCAAUCAUGGAGAGAACUUCAAAAUUGAAGAACCUUGAGGAUAAUGCACUGUGUGAUGAACUUGUUUCAGGUUGUAAAAGCCAAGCCCCCAACAAAAUGCACUUGAUCCCUAAUCAAAACUCUGUUUCAGUUCAAUCCUCUACUAAUGAGGUCUUAAUCUCAAGUAAUCAGGAUUAUGAGGGUAAACCAGAACUGUCUCAAGAUGGGAUUUUCAGAUCAAGCCAAAAUGCAGAGUCGUCGCUCAGUAAUUGUGAGAAUGGCGGUCCCUCCGCUUCUCAUGAUCCAUGUGAAAAAGUGGUUUCAUGUGGUUCCUCAGUUAACACUGAACAUGGUGCCCCCAGUGAUACAAGUUAUACCUCAGAAGAGGACAGAAAAGCCCUUCUGAAUGAUUUAACAGAGCCCAUAAAUGAUCAGAAAACGAGAAAUUGUCACCCAGGGGAGCCUGUACAAUUGGAGUGUGCAGUCGUAGAGAAUUCAGAAGGUGAAAUGCAAGUUGAUGGGGUGCAGAAUGCUCCCGAGGUUUCCUUGACAUCCACAACAUGUCCCGAUCAUGGAGCAUUUGACCCGGGUGGUGACAGGACAGAGGCUCCGGUGCCAAAACCUAGGAGGGCGUUGAAACUCUCAAAGGCUGAGAGGGGUGAAAUGGCGAACACAGAGGACCUUGUAUGUAGUGUAUCACUUGCUUCUGAACCCCAACAAGACGAUCCUGACUCAACACCACUCCUAAGGACAGAUGCACCUAGGACACCUCCAAAACCCAAAGAGCGGAAAAAUAAACUGUUAACUCAACCUCGAGCUCCAGUUGUGAGCCCAGAUGUAAAAGAGUACAGCAAUAAUAACAAUAACACUGCCACAGUUGCAGGCCACCAUUUGUCUAUUGCCCCUGAAAGCACUAACCUUGAGUCUACUGAGGGUUCCUACAGUUCAUCGGUGACAAAAGAAGUUCAUUUAGUGAAACCUGAAGUGCAGCUGGAUGGUAUCCUGACCUCUGAAGAGGAUGCUUUCAGUACAGACCCAGCCUUCAGGGAAAGGGAAUCAUCUCUGCGGGCCUCCUCUGAAGACACCAUGCUGGAAUCUGAUGGACCGUCAAACAGACCUGAUGUACAGAGUGCAGAUUAUACACCCAGGUGCCCAUCUCCGAACAGUGGAGCUGCAGCAAGGUCCGUCUGCAGGUCACCUCUCAAUGAGAGCCACCUCAGCAUCAACAUGAACCCGAUUAUGGACUUCAAAACCCCUAUCGUUCUGGACACUGGAUCAGGUUUGGUGAAGGCUGGUUUUGCUGAUCAGGAUCUCCCAACCACCAUAUUCCCCACAGUCAUUGGAGUACCCAAAUAUGAGGAGAUCAUGAAUGGGAACUUUGAACGAGAGUCUUACAUUGGACAUGAGGCACAGCAUAUGAGGGGAGUCCUUGCCCUGAAGUAUCCGAUGAAGAAUGGCAUCGUUCGCAACUGGGAUGAAAUGGAAAAGAUCUGGAACCACUCUUUCCAGCAGCUGUGCGUGGACCCUGAGGAUCACCCCAUCCUGCUAACGGAGGCAGCCAUGAACCCCCGGGAAAACAGGCAGCGCAUGGUGGAGCUCAUGUUCGAGGUCUUCCGCGUGCCCUACGCCUACGUGGCUAUGCAGGCUGUCCUGGCUCUCUAUGCUGCAGGGAGAACAACAGGUGUUGUGUUUGACUCUGGGGAUGGAGUAAGCCAUAGUGUGCCGGUGUUUGAGGGAUACUGUCUACCUCAUGCAGUGCAACGCUUUACCCUGGCGGGCAGUGAUGUCACACACCACCUCAGGAAGCUGCUGCAGGAGCAAGGUGUUUCCAUGCGAACGUCAGCAGAGCUGGAGAUAGUACGGGAAAUGAAGGAGAGGUGCUGCUGUGUGGCCCCGGACUAUGAAGCCGAGCUGGUCUGCGGGGGGCCUGCCAGCAGGGAGGUGUAUUACACCAUGCCUGAUGGACAGGUCAUUCGUCUCACCACGGAAAGGUUCAGGGCACCUGAGAUCCUGUUCAAGCCAGAACAGAUUGGACAAGACAGCUAUGGGAUGCAUGAGAGCAUUUUCAGAUCCAUUCUUCACACUGACAUAGACCUUCGAAAGAGUCUUUUAGGGAACAUUGUUUUAUCAGGUGGCAAUACUCUCCUCUCUGGUUUGCCCCAGCGUCUCCAGAGCGAGAUCCAGAAAAUGGUGCCCGCGCACCUUGGGGAGACCGUACGAGUGACUAGUCCCAAGGACCGUGAUUUUUCUGUCUGGCGUGGGGGGGCUGUGCUGGCCAGCCUCCCUUCCUUUGGCGUGGCAUGGAUCAGUGAAGAGGAGUACGAGGAGUUUGGCCCUCAGAUUAUCUUCAGGAAGUGCUUCUAAGCAGGGUAGAGCCUGCCGUACUGCUGCGAGUUCUCAAGUGCAAUACAGCUUUGUAAUGGUGCCAAGUUUGUCUGAGCUUUUAAAAAAGAUUUUAAUUGUUUAAAACCAGUUGUAUUGCAUUUUAAUUAACUGGUUCAGAUGAUGUAUGCCUCUUAUUCACCAGCAUAUGAAAGUCUAAUUAACUCACAGUAUUCUUUUCAUGUCUCAAUGCUGGCUUUACACCUUGAUAUUCUUUACUGUAUUUACAUUUCUUAAAAAUUAUUACACAGUACAAAAUUCUAAGCAACAGGGGCUUGGAAAUGGUUUCAAGGGGCUACAUUAUCCCUAUUGUUUUGAAAUGGUACCAAGUCAUUGGAUGUGUAGCGUAUGGUAAGGUGGGCAACUUUUUUUUUUUUUUUUUUUUUUUUUUUUCCCCUCCUCCUCCCUUUUCCCCCAUUUAAAUCAAGAUGUAGGCUAGUAAUGUGUAGGGCUGCAGAAAUUUAUUUCACUCAUUUUGGCAUUAAUAUACUAUUUAUAAAUGUCCAUUUGUGCUGACAAAUGAAGCCAACUAUUCAUUGUAUCCACAAAACAUCUGGAAACAUUACAAUUGUAUUAGGGAUGAAAGCAAUUAUAUAACCCACAUUCAUGUAUUGUAGUCUGAACUGAAGGUCCUGGGGUCUUGGGUUGUGUAUAUAUCAUAUCAGUUGUUUUAUUCAUUGAAUAUAUUUAAGGCUUGCUAAAAUUGGAAAGCUAAUUUAUCUUUAAAUGUGAUCUCUAACUUGGUGGCAGAAAGGUGUAUUUGGUCUUUCUGUCCUUGUGACAACUGAAUAUAUGUGAAAGGCUAUUUUACCCUCUCAGGUCCUAUCUUGAGGCAGAUUCCAAAUAAGUGCUUCAGUGCGUGAGACUGAAUAAUAAUAUAUUUUGUAUAUAUCCAUGAUGUAGGAUUUCCUGUCUUUGUAUUUGUCCCUCUUUCCCCUGGCUUAAAUGUCACAGGGUUUAUCGAUUACUGGCUUUACUGAGGUCCUCAGGGGCAUGUACUCAAUACUAUAAUUUAUCAGUUUUAUUUCCCCCAUUAGUGUCCAUAGAUUUAUCAGAUUUAUCUAGUUCACAUGUGGCUUGGUACCCUCUAUAUUACCAGCAAAGUAUUUGAGUGUGCAUGCAAUGUGAAAUGGUUUGAAUUCACCUGAACCAUGAAUGUAAUUUGUUCAGUGUGGAGUUACUUGAGUUGCGGGAUCAGUAUAUAUAGUAUUAAGAGUACAUCUAUAUGCCAUCUGAAAAGAAACAACAAUUUUAAAGGUCAUGCAUGGUGUCGACUCCUGUUGAUAAAUCAGUUAAAUGAGGCAUUCUGACAAAUCCCUGCACCAACCCCUUAAUGGUAUUGUAAAAGAGUAUUUUGUGGUAUACACUUUUCACACUUUGAAUAUUUGACUUUGAAUCACCAUUUUCUGCAUGUGUUUAUUUUUUUUAUUUUUUUUGAACAAUCAUGUUACAGUACUUAAAUGGGGUUGAUAUGUGACCCAAAAUCUCAGGUUGAAAUGCAGGUCAUUUGGCUGGAUAAAAAUUGUAAGCUCUGUGCAAGGACUUCUGUAUAUGGCUAUUAAGACGCAUGUUCUUUGUACCUAAAAAUCCUACUAUAGGCACAUGGUUGCAGUGGAUGCAAAUCAGUUUUGUCAUUCUGGAACAUUCCCAAGUUGAAUAUUUCAGUCCAAAGCACUUCUUGCUUAUGCUCAGUUUGUGUUAACCAAGUUAUGUCUUGUCUAACAUGUUUAUGUUUUUAUAAUAAAUUAUUUUAUAAUCAA